AUGAGCAAAUUGCUGCAACACCAGAUCAAGAAGGUGGUGCCUGAACGGAUGAAAUGGAUGAAGUCGGCAAUCAAGCAGAAAUACUUUGACAGCUUUUCCGCACUCACAAUGGCCAAUUCCAACCAAUUCCAUACCAUCUGUCUUGACACCCAGCCACCAAUCUUCUAUCUCAACAAUGUCUCCCACUCCAUCAUUGCAGUCAUCAAGAAGCUCAAUCGGGCCUCCAAGGCCAAAGGCAACGGAUGCCUUGCCGCUUACACCUUUGACGCCAGCCCCACUGCGGUGAUCUAUGCCCCCCAGAGGAACAUGCACAAACUCCUCAACCUCAUCCUCCAUUACUUCCCUCUGCCCGGUUUAAGGGGCAGAAUGCAGCUGGAUAUCUGCAUCCGCAUGGAUAUCUAG